UCUCUUUGCUUGUGCACGAUAGGUCGCGUGCGUCUUUAACAGGGGGCGUGUCUCUCUCGCUCUCUCUCUCUCCCUCUCUAUCUCUCUCACUCUGAGAGAAAUUUCCGCUUCCUGCACCCACAAACCCUCCGCACUGUGUCGCGCAAACACUCCCAGCCAGGCGAACACACACACACACACACAUACACACACACAUAUCCGCUUUUACUCCAUUAUCCCGCGUGUUGCGGGUGGCUCUGCUCGCCCUGCAGGACAUAUUUCUGGAGCUGAAACACACACACACACACACAGGAACCCGGCCCAGGUGUCCAGCGGCUCGGCUGUAGAGCAGCAUGUCGGAGCGCGGAGGAGGGCUGCCGAGGAGCGGAGGCGCUCCGUGUCCGUCUCCGCAGCCCUCCAAGCCGGUGGCGAUCGCCUCCAACCGCCCGGUGCACAUGAACCUGUACGCGACCUGGGAGGUGGACCGCUCCUCUCCGAGCUGCGUGCCCAGACUGUUUAAUCUGACGCUGAAGAAGCUGGUCAUGCUGAAGGAGCUGGAUAAAGAUUUGACGUCUGUGGUCAUCGCGGUUAAACUGCAGGGGUCGAAGAGAAUUCUCCGCUCCAACGAGAUCUUGCUGUCCUCAGCGGGACUGACGGAAACGGACCUGCAGCUCACGUUCUCUCUGCAGUAUCCUCAUUUCCUGAAGCGUGAUGCCAACAAACUCCAGAUCAUGCUGCAGAGGAGGAAGCGCUACAAGAACCGCACCAUCCUGGGAUACAAGACCCUGGCACUGGGCCUCAUCAACAUGGCCGAGGUGAUGCAGCACCCUACAGAAGGAGCUCAGGUUCUGGGAUUACACAGUCAGCUGAAGGACGCGUCGGUUCCUGUGGCCGAGGUGCGAGUUUACUCUCUCUCCAGCCAACCCAUCGACCCCGAGGGACCCAAAGCCAAGAUGAACGAUCGUUCUCCAGACAUCGACAACUACUCCGAGGAGGAGGAAGAGAGCUACUCAUCAGAGCAGGAGGGGAGUGAUGAUCCGGUUCAUGGACAGGAUCUGUAUGACGAUGAUGACGAGGUGAGAAAGAAGAAACCUCGACGCAAACUGGCAUCCGGGGCUGCCAUCACUCGACAACCCAACAUCAAGCAGAAGUUUGUGGCCCUGCUGAAGAGGUUUAAAGUUUCAGACGAGGUCGGUUUCGGGUUGGAGCACGUCUCACGAGAGCAGAUCCAGGAGGUGGAGGAGGACCUGGACGAGCUCUAUGACAGCCUGGAGAUGUACAACCCGAGUGACAGCGGUCCAGAGAUGGAGGAGACCGACAGCAUCCUGAGCACACCCAAACCUAAACUCAGGCCGUUCUUCGAGGGAAUGUCGCAGUCCAGCUCUCAGACGGAAAUCGGCAGCCUGAACAGCAAAGGAAGUCUGACCCGAGACCCCUUCAGCCCGGGGGAGCAGCCUCCGUCCGACAAGCUGAAACACUCACGCAGCCGCAACCUGGACGAGACCACGCCCGAGCCGGACAUUUCAGAGGUGAACGAUCAGGAGCUGUUCCAGGAAGUGGCACCCUCCAUUACUGUGUCUGUGGCUGAGAAACCACGUACACCACUGAAGACCAGCAAGAGUGAGGGGCAAACCAUGCCUUCUCCUAGGUUGGAUGGGACACACACACCCCGGCAGAAACGCAGCACUCCGAUGAAAGAGAGGCAGCUCUCCAAGCCGCUGAGUGAACGAACCAACAGCUCAGACAGCGAGAGGUCACCUGAACUAGGACACAGUACACAGGUCCUAAGGAAAGCUGUGUAUGAUCAGUUGAAUCAGAUUUUGUUGUCUGAUGCGGCGUUACCUGAGAGCCUCAUCCUUGUUAAUGGCACCGACUGGCAAGGCCAGUAUGUAGCAGAGCAGUUACAGGUUCAGAAACACCCGGUGGUGUGUACGUGUUCAUCAGCAGAAAUUCAGGCUGUUCUCUCAGCUGUGCUGACGCGCAUCCAGAAAUUCUGUAACUGUAACUCGUCCAUGCCGCGGCCCGUGAAGGUGGCAGUAGUCGGAGCGCAGAGUUAUCUGGGUGCCAUCCUGCAGUUCUUCGUCAGUCAGUUGGCUAAUAAGACGUCGGAUUGGCUGAACCACAUGCGCUUCCUGGUAGUUCCUCUGGGUUCCCACCCUGUUGCUAAGCACCUGGGUGCCCUUGACAACCGCUACAGUUCAGUUUUCCUAGAUGGAGCCUGGAGAGAGCUGUUCAGUCGCCCAGAACCUCCACAGUCAGACGUGCUGGACGUAGCAGGUCAUAUCGCUCAGUAUAUCAGCGGCGCGUCUCUCACCCAUCAGCUCCCCAUCGCCGAGGCCAUGCUGACCUGCAAACACAGGACGCGAGAGGAGGAUUCCUAUCAGAAGUUUAUCCCGUUUAUUGGCGUUGUGAAAGUGGGGCUGAUUGAGCCGGGUCAAUCGUCUGCAGGCGACGCCGAAGAGAGCGUGUCCGUGAAUCUGGCCGUCCCCUCGACGUCUCCGCCUACUCACGGCUCUCCCGCCAGUCUUAAAGAGACGGCCACGCCCCCUUCCUCACCGUCUAUGGGUGCUGUUUUGGCUGUACAGGGGAGCCCCAGCAUGUCUCACGGCGUGGACGCUAUCGGUCUGCAGGUGGACUACUGGCUGGCGUCUCUGGCCGAGAAGCGGCGUGAGGGCGAGAGGAGAGACACGGGCUGUAAGAACACUCUGAAGAGCGCCUUCAGAUCCCUGCAGGUCAGCCGUCUGCCUGGCGCGAGCGUCAGCGAUCCCCACGCGCCCGUCAGCACCAUGUCCAUGACCGUGGUCACCAAAGAGAAGAACAAGAAAGUGCCCACCAUUUUCCUGGGGAAGAAGCCCAAAGAGAAGGAGGUGGACUCUAAGAGUCAGGUGAUCGAGGGCAUCAGUCGACUCAUCUGCUCAGCCAAGCAGCAGCAGACCAUCCUGAAAGUGUCCAUCGAUGGUGUGGAAUGGAACGACGUGAAGUUCUUCCAGCUCGCGGCUCAGUGGCCGACGCACGUGAAGUACCUCCCAGUCGGACUGUUUGGUUACAGCAAACCUCCCUCCUAGGAACCGCCCACUCAUCCUCUAGCCCCGCCCCUUCACCCCAUUGCACACAGCUGUAGCAGGGCUGUAGGAGGGAACCUGCCUAAAUGUUCAUAUCCUUUCAGAGAGGAGGAGUGUGGGCUCGCGGGUGGGACGUGUGGGACGUGUGGGAGUGGCUCAGACGGACUUCAUACGGCGCUAGUCACUUUUAUUUCCAGAAAGGUCCUCAAGCAGCAGUAGUGUUGGACGAGCACAAAAAGGCAGACACCUUCAGUCUACCAACAUUCAUAUACUUGUUACAGAGCAUGACGAAAAUCGAGCAAUCUAAAAUACGACCCCCCUCACAUGACCUUUGACCUAAAUGAUCAGCCCCAAAUGUCAGAGUUUUAACAGAACCAGCGACCGGUGUUAACCUCUGAUCAUGCAUGUUUUAAACUACAUCACCCACAAUCCACUAGGAGAAUUCAUUGUUGUUCCAUUGUUAUUAUGCAACUGAUGUACUUGUGCAUGUAUUAAGCUGAGCGAGGCGUGCAGCUACAGUUAGCCACUCGACGCUAUGCCUUUUUCACAUCAGUUCAGCCUAGAAGCUUAGGAUUAGCAGUGAAGUGGUUGCUGUGUUCAUGGACUCUGUGAGUUUUCACUUAUUUUGUACAUACUUUAGGCUUUUGUGUCUCAGCUUUCAGUUAAUUAUGAGUAAUUACAAAAGUGGCCUUUCUUUUUUUUUUUUUUUUUUUUUUUUUUUU